GAAAUGUCCAUUAGAGAGUUUGCUCACUGAGCUGUUCUCCAGCAGCACUAAUAUGCCCAGCUACACGGUGACUGUUGCUACAGGUUCUCAGUGGUUUGCUGGAACAGAUGACUACAUUUACUUGACCCUUGUGGGAUCUGAAGUAUGCAGUGAGAGAACCCUUUUGGAUAAACCCCUCUAUAAUGACUUCGAAAGAGGAGCGGUGGACUCAUAUGACAUCAAUGUGGGUGAGGACCUGGGUGAAAUUCAGCUAAUAAAAAUUGAAAAGAAGAAAUACUGGAUACACGAUGAUUGGUACUGCAAAUACAUCACGGUAAAGACACCCUAUGGAGAUCACAUCGAGUUCCCUUGCUUUCGCUGGCUAGUUGAUGACAAGGAGGUGAUCCUCAGAGAUGGCCGGGCUCGAUUGCCGCAGCAUGACAAGACUGGGAUGGCAAAACAGCACAGGCGCAAAGAGCUAGAACAGAGACAAAAGACAUACAGAUGGAAGGAAUGGCACCCUGGCUUCCCGAUGAGCAUAGAUGCCAAAGCCCAUAGUGAGCUGCCACGGGACAUUCAGUUUGACAGCGAGAAAGGAGUGGAUUUUGUGCUCAACUACAGCAAAGCGAUAGAGAACCUGUACGUAAACCAGUUCAUGCACAUGUUCCAGUCCUCUUGGGGUGACUUUGCAGAUUUUGAGCGAAUAUUUAUGAGAAUUAAGAACACAAUAUCAGAGUAUGUGAUGCAGCAUUGGAAAGAAGACUUCAUGUUUGGUUACCAGUUCUUGAAUGGCUGCAAUCCUGUCAUCAUCAGGAAAUGUACAGAGAUACCAGACAAGUUUCCAGUCACGCAUAAACUUGUGGAUUACAGCCUGGAGAGAGGUCUCACUCUGGAGGAGGAGCUCAAGGCAGGAAACAUCUUCAUUGCUGACUUUGAGGUAUUAGAUGGGGUAACGCCCAAUGCUACGGACCCAUGCACACUCCAGUACUUGGCUGCACCCAUCUGUCUGCUGUACAAGAACAUUCAGAACAAAAUCAUGCCAAUCGCCAUUCAGCUGGGUCAAACACCAGGGGAGGAGAACCCUAUCUUCCUCCCAAGUGAUGAUCAGUAUGACUGGUUGCUGGCCAAGAUUUGGGUGAGAUCUGCAGACUUUCACGUGCACCAGACUGUCACACAUCUUCUUAAGACACAUCUGAUAUCUGAGGUCUUUGGCAUAGCCAUGUUCAGACAACUGCCUGCAGUUCAUCCUGUUUUUAAGUUGCUGAUACCUCACAUCCGUUUUACCAUUGCCAUUAACACCAAGGCCCGUGAGCAACUCAUCUGUGAGUGUGGACUCUUUGACAAGGCUAAUGGUACCGGUGGAGGUGGCCAUGUAGAGCUGGUCCAGAGGUCCAUGAAGACCUUCACCUACAAGUCCCUUUGUUUCCCAGAGGCCAUUAAAGCCAGAGGAAUGGACAACCAGGAGGAGCUGCCUUACUACUUUUACAGAGAUGAUGGCAACAGAGUCUGGGAGGCUGUGAAAAAUUUUGUGACUGAAGUAGUGGAUGUCUACUAUGACAAGGAUGAGACCGUUCAGGCGGAUGAAGAGAUCCAGGCAUUUGUUAAAGAUGUUUGCAGCUUUGGAAUGCAGGAUUUUGACUAUUGUGAGUUUCCCAAGGCAUUACAAACCAAAGAGCAGCUAGUGGAGUAUCUAACUAUCAUUAUCUACACUGCUUCUGCACAACACGCUGCAGUAAACUUUGGUCAGUUUGACUGGUGUUCAUGGAUUCCCAAUUCCCCCCCAACAAUGCGGAAGCCUCCACCUACAAAGAAGGGUUUGGUGGAUAUGAAGUAUAUAGUGGAAAGUCUGCCCGAUCGGGGACGAUCCUGCUGGCAUCUUGGAGCUGUGUGGGCCCUCAGUCAGUUUCAGGAAAAUGAGUUGUUCUUAGGUAUGUAUCCUGAUGAGCACUUCAUCGAUAAACCUGUGAAAGAGGCCAUGGUGAAAUUUAGAAAGGAACUUGCAGAAGUAACCAAAGUCAUCAAGACCCGAAAUGAUGGAAAAAAGCUGCCAUACUAUUAUCUGUCUCCAGACAAAAUCCCAAACAGUGUGGCAGUCUGAUUUUACAGUAACAGGUGACCAGAAGUGCUAUGCCACAUGCAGGAGUGUUUAAUGGGUUAAAGUUGAUUUGUUUAUUUUUUCUUUGUUAAAAUUCUUUCUCAUAUCCCAGCUUAAUAUGAAGAGACAACUAGAAGUAAGCCAUUUGUAGGUUAAUUUAGUUGAAAAGUGUGUGAUGUAUACUGUGUGAUAUUGCGCUAACAAAACGUUGCUGUGUUUGUUUGUGUGCCCUGUCUAGUCAGACAUAGCAAAACUGUCUCAAACAAUGGCAUGUGUUUGGGGUGAAACUAGCUGUUUGUCAGGCCAAUGGUGUUCAUGAAAUCUGUUUGACAAUGGUCAUUAUUUUGCAGUUCCGUUAUACGCUAGUGGUGCAGAAUGACCCCUCUUGAACUGGAAGAAUUGAAAAAGGAAGCAGUUUCAUAUAUCAAGGUAGCCUAUGUGUCCAGUUAGAGGAAUUUCAUAAUUCUGUGAUUUUGUGAGUAUUAAUUAGGAAAUCAUACAGAAAAUAUGUAAAAAUAAGGUUUGAAAUGAUGUUGUAGCCAAAACAUUUUUUAUGCCUGCUUAUUAUCUUGAUUGUAUUUUUUUUUUACAUUUAUUUUACCCAAAUGUCAAAUAAACUGAUUAAUUAUGCAUUUUUCAGCA